AUGCCCUCACUCCACCACGUGGCGCUUGUGCUGGGCGCCGUUGCAACAGUUUCCGCGGGCACGCUCUCGGUUCCUCUCGAACGGCGAGGCCCCAGCGAGGAGCACUACCGGUUGCUGGGCCGGGCCAUUUCCCGUCGUGCCGCUGACAACGGGACCGCUGAGCUGACGGCCCUGAAUAACAUCACCGCCGCCGGCUACUAUGCCAACUUUGCCAUCGGCACGCCGGGCCAGAAUCUUACUUUCCAGCUCGACACGGGCAGCAGCGAUACCUGGAUGAACUCGCCCCAGACGCGGUACUGCAGGAGCGCCACGGCGCAGUCGGAGGCGGGCUAUUGCACCACCACUUUCAACCCCCGAGACAGCAAGACGUACACGCUCGUCGACCAAGGCGGCUUCAACAUCACCUACCUCGACCAGCGGCGCAUCACGGGCGAUUACUUCAACGACACCGUCACCAUUGGGGGCCAUGAAAUCGCCAACCAGCAGCUGGGCCUCGCCAUCUCGUCCACCCGCCCCACAGGCAUAAUGGGCCUGGGCUUCAGCAUCAACGUCGCCACGCCCAACAAGUACCCUACCAUCAUCGACAACAUGGUCAGCGAGGGCGUCAUUGCCCAUCCAAGCUUCAGUUUGUACUUGAACGACCUCGAUGCCACAUCCGGCACCAUCCUCUUUGGCGGCAUCGACUCUGCCAAGUUUCUCGGCAGCCUGGCGACUCUCCCCAUCAAGCCCAUGCCCAACGCCGAGGACACCAACGUCACCUCGUAUGCCGUGGCCAUCAAGUCCGUCUCGGCCACGGGCGUCAAGGUCCCCUCCGUCGCUCCCCAGUCAGUCGGCAUCCUGGACUCGGGCUCCACCAUCUCUCUGAUACCCGAUUCCCUCGUCAAGCCCAUCCAGGACAAGUUCGGCGUCAUCGUGGUCCAGAUCCAGGGCCAGGCCGCGCCCCCCAUGAUCGACUGUGCCUGGAAAGGCAGCAAGGGCGACGGCAUCCUCAUCAGCUUCGAGUUUGACAACAAGACAAUCAAGGUCCCCAUUGCCGACAUGGCCAUCGACAGCCUCCCCGACGAGCUGCAGCAGAUCCUCAAGAGCAACGACGCGCCCUCUGGCUUCAGGAGCUGGACCCGCGCAUGUCUCUUUGGCCUGGGGGGCUCGUCGGCGUUUGGCGUCCGCGACGACCAGUUCUACCUCCUGGGCGACACCUUCUUGCGCUCCGCCUACGUCGCCUACGACAUGGCCAACCAGCAGAUCGGCCUGGCCCAGUCCAACCCCAACGCCACCGGCUCCAACGUGGUCGAGAUACAAAAGGAUGCCAAGUCCUUCCCCAACGUCCAGGGCUCCGACGCGCCUGGCCCGGGAGAGAAGGCCAGUGCCUCUGGCCGCCUUGCUCCCUCCUCCUCCGUUGCCGCUACUCUCCUCCUGGGCGUGGCUGUCGUCUUCUCAGCCUUGUUGUAA